AUGGCCCGCGCCGUUCUGCUCUGGAUGGCUUAUGGAGCGCCAACUUUUGUUGGUGGAUGGUGGGGUGGAGGUCGACCGAUUUUGACCCCCCCCGCAGGUCCUGCUCUAAAUUCCACCCAGAACGACACAAGCAAAUCGUGGCAGGGCGUUCCGCCCCUCUCAUUCUUCUCCUUCGGGAAAAGUACUCAGGGAGUUCCUCCCUCCCCACCCCCUCCCCCCCUUGGCGUUGCAGGGUCCCCGAAUGGAUCGGCUUCUUCCGCUACGGAGGGGGACUUGAGUUGGGGUUGGUGGAGCGUCUUGCUGUUGGUUGAGUGGGCGGUUGGUCGAGUGUUUUCCACUCGUACUCACCCCGGCUCUGCCUCUACGAGAGGAGGCUGGGCCGGGUAUGUCAUUGACCGGUCCGGUCUGUGGAUGUUCGGAAAUUUUUGGCCAGCCGUGGCCUGGAGUGUCUUAAGUGCCUUGGCUGUUGGCUCCCUCGGUUUGGCAUGGGCCCUGCGGACACUCAGGCAAGUAUGUUGCUGCUGUUGCCGUCGUGCAGAAAACCCGCCUCAGGACGUGGGCGGUCCGCCCGGGGUAGCAGCCGCGCCGAGAGUAGCUGCCGACUUGCCCUCCCUGGCAGUCGUUAAGGGGUUUGUGUCCCUCGAGCUCACCGGUCCGGAUGCCCCCCGCGCCGUGGACACCGAGUACUACCAAAGGAAAAUACGGGGUCGCGGGAUUGGCCGAAAACCGCACGAUGUGGUCGUCAAGCUUGACCAGGGAGCGGCCAGGCUCCAACCCACUUGGGAUGGUGGUUCUCGCAUUGAUCGAACUGGCCUAUUGGUACAUUAUAGCCGCGUUUUAGGCGUCACUGAUCGAAGAUUGCGGGAGGAGCUGGAGAGAGAAGGGUGCAUCCAUCUCUGUCGAGAACGCGACUGCUCCCACCCUGCCACUCUGCACUGCCGCUGCUACGCAGCCGUGGACUCUGAAGCCUUGGUCGACUUGGGAGCAUAUGGUCGAUUCAGCGCUUGGAGGGCGAGCGUUCUUCUGGUAAUGCCGCUCUUCGCCGACCUUUUGGUGCUGGAUCAGGACCUCGUCAAAUCCAGGAUGGCGCAGCCGAAGGCAGAACCAAGAGCAGUGCGGUUCGAACCUCCAGACGAGGAGCAGCGAGCCCACCUUACUUCCGAUCCCGAGGCGUCCUUUAUCCCGCAUGAGGUCGAUCUGCCGGACUCUAGGCAACGUCCAACCACUAAGGAGAUCAUCGACGUCUACCAGGCCGACCCCUUCGGCCUCCAGCAAACGAGGCCAGCCGGCAAUCCAUUUCUCCAUCCCAGGCAGCGGCUCCGACAAGCACAGACCUUAUCCAAGCCACAGCACUACAGGAAGACGGGUGCCUCCUUUAGCGAAGCAUUGGGGGCUUCCCCCGGUGGGGCUGUUACAGCCGAUCGUCUCAUUCGCGCGAUCGACGGCCUUAGGAAGGCGCAGGACGAGGAUAAGACUGGGACAAAAGGCGUGGUUUCCGCCCUAAAGGAGCCGGAGAAGCUGGAUGUGUUUCUCGCACGAGGAUGCGGCGAAACAAAGGUCGAGCUGUGCCCAGGGGUGUGUGGCAAGGAGUUGUUCCAUGGGAUCAAGCGGGCUGGUCAUCACGCUAAGCAUAUGCUCCAGCUCAUCCGAUGGCCCGUGCUCAUCAACAACCGGCUGGCCGAGCAAGUGGAAGCGUGGACGCCGCCGACAGAGCAUAAGAUCGAAUCCCGCGCUCGCGCCCCGGCCGCUUUUCUCACAUGGCUCAGGUGUGCGGAGAAUGCCGUCAAGGUCUUUGGCUCCGCCUAUGGCUUGGAGCACGUGCCGGAGCGGAUGGCCUUUCUUUCCGCGCUCCGCGAAGCGAAUGAAGAGGACGAGAACGCCUUUCCGGUCGGGUAUUGCAUAAAACUGUGCGAGGAGCUUAACGCAGUUUGGUGCGAGCAGAUCCGCGAGUCCCGCAGAAGGCUGUGCGCGAAGUUGGGCACGGAGAACCCGCGUCUCGAGGACCUCAAGUUAGUUGCUUUGUCUCCAGGACUUGAUGGGGCCCCCGCUUUCCAGUUCCCCCGUGUGUGGGAUCUUCAAGAUCCACAAGGGUGCUAUCAGCAAGUCAUCUUGCCUAGGCAGCAACGGGCGAUGACCAGGGCGCCCAAACAAGACCGCCGGCACUGA